AUGGGAAUCCAAAAUGCCAGCAUUCUCGAUUUGGUCCCGCAAUGUGCGUUCUUAUUAUUUUCCUGGGGGGUUGGGGGCGUGACGCUGACGCGCGUCUGCGUCCUGGAGGAGGGCCUGGGGGUGGGGGGCGGAGGAGCUCGACGCCCGUAAACGCCACCGUGCGUCGUCUCGCACAGCGGCCACAACAAUGGGCACCGCGCGUUCGGCUCCCCGACAGCCCCGGAGCGGCGUCAAGCGCCUCAGCUCGGCCACCGAGGCGAGCCCGCCGCAGCUGUUCCGCUGAGCGGCAUCAGGACCGCGGACCUGCGCGCCCGCGCGCGCCGGCUCGCUCGAACUUGCACCCGAUCCGCUUUCUGCAUCGAGUCAUGUCUGAUCCGGAGCGAUGGGCAAGUUUGACGACAACGAGAGGAUAAUCCUCAACGUCGGGGGCACCAGGCACGAGACGUACAAGAGCACCCUGAAGACGCUGCCGGGGACGCGCCUGGCCCUGCUCGCCUCCGACUCGGACAUCGGCUCGGUGCUGGAUCAGCUGCAACAAGUCCCCGGCUUCAUCGAGUACAACGCGCGGACCAACGAGUACUUCUUCGACCGCCACCCGGGCGUCUUCGCCUACGUGCUCAACUACUACCGCACCGGCAAGCUCCACUGCCCGGCGGAUGUGUGCGGACCGCUGUUCGAGGAGGAGCUCUCCUUCUGGGGCAUCGACGAGACGGACGUGGAGCCCUGCUGCUGGAUGACGUACCGGCAGCACCGGGACGCCGAGGAGGCGCUGGACGUGUUCGAGCUCAACGUGGACAACGGGGAGCAGCAGGAGGACGACGACGUGGGGAAGAGGCUCGGCAUCGAGGACGCGGCCGCGGAUGGGAGUGGCAGCCUGUGGAGGAAGUGGCAACCGGUCGUCUGGAACCUGUUCGAGGACCCCUACUCCUCCAGGGCGGCCAGGUUUAUCGCCUUCGCGUCUCUGUUCUUCAUCCUGGUUUCCAUCACGACCUUCUGUUUGGAGACCCACGAGGCGUUCCACACCAUCAUCAACAAGACGGAGGUGAUGCGGAACGGCAGCUUGCCCGAUCUGGGGCCGCAGUAUGAAAUAGAAACCGACCCGGCUCUCACGUACGUGGAAGGUGUUUGUGUCUUUUGGUUCACCAUUGAGUUCCUGGUCCGGGUGACUUUCUGCCCGGUCAAGUUGGAAUUUGUUAAGAGUCUCCUCAACAUUAUCGACUUUGUGGCCAUCCUUCCUUUCUACUUGGAAGUAGGUCUGAGCGGCCUUUCUUCACAAGCUGCCAAGGAUGUGUUGGGAUUCCUCAGGGUGGUGCGUUUUGUCCGUAUCCUGCGUAUCUUCAAGCUCACCCGCCACUUUGUGGGGCUCCGAGUGUUGGGCCACACGCUCCGGGCCAGCACCAAUGAAUUCCUGCUGCUAAUCAUCUUCCUGGCGCUGGGAGUGUUAAUAUUCGCCACCAUGAUCUAUUAUGCCGAGCGCAUCGGCGCGAAGCCCAACGAUCCCACGGCGAGCCUCCACACCAAGUUCAAGAACAUCCCCAUCGGCUUCUGGUGGGCCGUGGUGACCAUGACCACUCUGGGAUACGGCGACAUGUAUCCAAAGACGUGGUCCGGCAUGGUCGUGGGCGCGCUCUGCGCUUUGGCCGGAGUGCUCACCAUAGCCAUGCCCGUGCCCGUGAUCGUCAAUAACUUUGGGAUGUACUACUCCCUGGCCAUGGCCAAGCAGAAGCUCCCCAAGAAGCGGAAGAAGCAUAUUCCUCAGGCGGUGCAGGGAGGGUCCCCGACCUACUAUAAAGCCGAUCUCAACACCACCUGCAACAGCACGCAAGGCGACCUGUGCCACGUCAAAGCCGGCAGGGUGCUCGAACGCAACCGCUCGGUUCUGUCGGCGGACUGUAGUGGGGCCAGCGACCUGACCAUGUCUCCAGAGGAGAGGGUCCCCAUGCGAAGGUCCAGCACCCGGGAGCAGGACCGCCGCAGCGGGGGGACCUGUUUUCUACUUGCCGCUAGCGAUUACAACUGCCCCGCAGAUGGAGGCAUAAGAAAGACGGGCUACGAGAAAUCUCAGAGCUUAAGCAACAUAGCGGGCAUGACCGCUAACGCCCUGAGGUUGUCCCCCGUCACCUCGCCCUACGAUAACUGCAAAGAGAUGGUGUUUACCGGUUUCACCCAAGCAGAGAGCGGCGUUCUCGCUUAAAGGCUUUGGCGACGCGGCGCCUUGGCACAAAGCGGGAAGACCCCAUUUGGAGGCCUCCCAGCCGCUCCUACAGGACAAAAAAGGAAGGAGCCGACGCAAAAAGCGCUAAGGAGGCGGCUGCCCGGCCUGCGGCCGGACCGACUUCACCGAUAGCCCGGGAGGACCCGCCAGAAGCAUUUAAUCCUGAGCAAAAAGAGCCAAAGCCAACGGGACACGUGGCGGAACGGACUUGUGUAAAUAAGUCGCCGACAGCGGCACCCUCGGCGCCGUCGGUUGCUAAGUUGCACCGUCAAACACUCAAAUCGCGCCAUGGUAUCCCUCCCCACCCUCACCCCCUUGCAAUAAGUGUAUUAAGUCGAGGCACUUUGUGUUCCAAAAUGGAGUGUAUUCAUAUUAUGAACAUCCAGUACAGUAUAUAGAGUAUAGAGAGGCAAAAGUGUUGAAUCAAUGUGACAUCUGCUUCCGUUCCUCUUGCUAAAUGGUCAGUAUCGGCUCAAAAUGCUCUGCUGUGUGUGUUCCUGUAUACGCGCACCCUGUCGAGAAACAUUUUUCAAAACGUCCAGUGGGCCGACUUUGGACGGCGUCACUUUAUGGCGGGGGCCGGACCGAUUCGUUGGCCCGCCGGUGGCCAUUUUGAAAUCGACAAAAAAAAAAAAAAUCGACUGAUUAUUUUGUUGUUUUUAUUAUUAUUUUUUUUGUCGUUUUAAAAAAACAUGUACACAUUAAAAAUAUAAGAUUAAGAAAAUGGCGUUCAAAUGAUCAGUCAAUGAUUUUUGCUGAUUUUUCUCUGUUGUAAAGUAAAAAAAAAUAUAUUUAUUGUCUAGAGAAAUUUUUUUUUUUCCAUUUGGCCGAUUAAUCGGUUAUCAGAAUUUGUAUCGGUCGGGCCUUACUUUCUAGUUUAGCACAGAAAUGGGUGAGAAAGGGACCAAACCUUUGCCCCCCGCCCCCAUAUGUAAUGACCGUCAUAGAAGUCUCCUCCCACUGUGCGUCGAAUAUGCAACGAGCCUGCGUUCGUGCUGCAAAUCUUCACGUGAAACCAAACGAUUACGACCCGACAACUCAUUGUGACUCAAUGGUGGCGAGAUCAACCUUAUCUUCCAAAUAUUUCCAAUCCUGUACCCCCCCCCCCUUUUUUUUUUUUGUCCGGGUCUGGAGAAAAUGUGUAGCAAAAGUUUACCAAGUAAAAAAAAAAAAAAAAAGUGGGACUUUACUACAAAGGCUACUUUUGCGCAGUAGCGAGUCCACAAAUGAUCGGAUCUGCUUGAUGGAAAAGGUUGCAUUAGGGCCACACUUCAAAGAAAAUGAUAAAUUUACAAGAAUCGUGUUUCACAAUAACGAUGCGAAUACUUAAAAUUCAGAAUGGUACACAAAUAGCAAUGUAACGGCACAAAAGUCAUGACGGUUAAAGAAAAAUUAUUUUACGUUAAGAUUAUUCCCUUUACUCCACUCCUAAAACAUUAUUCUUGUAUGAUUGUGACUUUUCUAACAUUAAGAAAAUAUUAGAGUAUGAUUUUUAUCUCCUAAAAUGUGGAUUUGUUCUUGUGAGUGUGGCCCUAAUGCCCUUUAGUAGAUUUGCAAUACAGGGAGUCCUCGUGUUAAGACGGUCUCGACCUAAGACGAUUCGACUUUACAACGCCCGUCCCCCGUCCGCCAUUUUGUCGGGCUAACGCUAGCAAUAGCUAAGCGCAGCCUCCCCUUCUUCUUCUUCAUCAACCUCUCAGCAGUAAUGCUAAAUACAUCAUCUAUUUGUUUUUUUUACACAAGUAUUUUGAUGUAAAUUGUGACUUUAACGGUGGAAUUCGACUUUCGAGUGAAGGAACGGACCUCAGUCGUAGACCGAGGACUCCCUGUCAUGGGAGAGACGGAACGCGCCAAUCCACACUGUGAUUUCAGUCCAAAACAGGGGGGCUGAUGGGGAAAAAAAGAUUGACGACGAGGACUAGUCAUGUGGCAUUUGUUGACGCGUCGCCCUUCCACCCACAAUCUUCCUUGUGUAGUACACACGCUGCUUUACUCUUGAAUUUGACAGAAGGGUACUGUUCUUUGUGUAUUUUUAAAGAUGUUGUAACUUGGAAAGGGUGAAAAAAAAAAGUUGUUUAUUUUUCUGAAUCCCAAUCUCGUAUUUUGUGUCUUACUGUUCAUGGUAGUCCGAUGCCGUACUUCUCCAUCGUGUCUUCAAACGUGUCGAGCUUUUUCGAUCCGAGUUCACGUUUUGUAUGUUUUAUCGUGGGGGGGGGGGGGGGGAAAUAAUGAUAAUUUGAAGUCUGUAUAUGUGGAGCCUUUGUUGGAAUUCUGAAGUGCAUGCUUACAAAAAAAGAAGAUAAAAAAAGAGAACCGUUAUGUCAAAGGAUUAAAAAAAAAUAAUGACACUGUAUAUCAU